AUGGCGACCGAGACGCAGACGAAGGCACCACCUGCGAAGGAAACGUUUCACUUUAUCAACGAUCCAGCAGAAGCAAUCAAUGAUGCGCUCACCGGCCUUACGUAUCUGAAGCCAUCCUUGUCUUACCAUCGCGAAUACAAAAUUGUCUAUCGGAACGACCUCCAAGCAUUCGCCCAGGACCGUGUCACGACCAUUGGCUUCGCUGGGGGAGGGCAUGAGCCUAUGUUCGGCGGCUUCGUUGGCCACAACUACUUGUCCGCGUAUGUCUCAGGCAAUGUCUUCGCCAGUCCGACAGCUGCACAAAUUUUCGAAGCCAUCAGGAUGUGUCAACCGCAAAACGGGAAGAGCAAAGGCACACUAGUAGUAUGCGGCAAUUACACCGGUGAUAUCUUGAACGCUGGUCUGGCAAUUACCAGAGCACAAGCAGCAGGGUACAAGGUCCACUUUACACCCGUUGGCGAUGACGUGGCAGUGGGUAGAAAGAAAGGUGGUAAGGUAGGUAGGAGAGGGCUCAGUGGACACCUGGUAGCUCUGAAAAGUGCGUGUGGUCUUGCACAGCAGGGUGAGAGCCUUGAGAGAGUCGCUGAGGUGAUGGAGUACGUUGCGGCCAAUGUUGGCACAAUCGGCGUUGCGUUCGAUCGUGUUGCCUUGCCCAACGCAACCAUUACAGACUUGCAGACUCUACCACCAGCGACCAUCGAGCUUGGCAUGGGAGCGCACGGCGAGCCAGGCUUGCAACAAAUAUCGCCAAUACCCACGCCUGAAGCACUCACUUCACAAAUGCUAGACCUCAUACUCGACUUCAGCGACAAAGACAGGGCAUUCAUCCCAUUCUCAGCAUCGACACACCCAAAAGAAGAUAACGAAGUUGUCAUGCUAUUGAACUCGCUAGGCAGUACAUCAGAUGAGGUACUUGCUCGCUUUGCUGAGCUAGCAAAUGCUGAGCUUGAGCGACGAGGAUUCAAGGUCCGAAGGCUGACGCUCGGUCCGUUGGUCACGAGUCUGAAGAUGAGUGGAUUUGGCAUCACUAUCUGGCGAUUACCGCCACACAGUGGUGAGAACAUGAGUAGGGAGCAAGCCUUGCAGCUUUGGGAUGAGUCUGUAGAUGUUGUAGCAUGGCGACAGUAG